AUGUGGUUUCCCUGGACUUUAUGGGUGCGUGCCCACAGUCUGCUCAAGAACAUCUCUGAUUACAGUCAUCAGCAAGUCGAGGUAGCACUACGGUAUUAUUGCAUUGGAAAACGCGCAACAGACAAGUUUCAGAGAAACAGUCAAGAAAAGAAGUCAGUUAUUUGUAUAGAAGGAAACAUUGCUAGUGGGAAGACCACCUGUUUGGAGUACUUUUCUAAAACAAGCAAUAUUGAGGUUGUCACAGAGCCUGUUUUUAAAUGGAGAAAUGUACAAGGUCACAACCUUCUGGGUUUGAUGUAUCAGGAUCUUUCAAGGUGGAGAAUCACAUUGGAGACAUAUAUCCAAUUAACCAUGCUGGAUCUGCAUACUUCACCACAUAUUAUGCCUGUUCAAAUUAUGGAGAGAUCAAUUUACAGUGCUAAGUACAUAUUUGUUGAAAAUCUUUAUAGAAGAUUUUGCAUUGUUUGCAAGAUAUAA